AUGUCAGCGAAGCUGAAACUACCUCGAUACAAGCCCAAUCGCCAGAAGGAGGCGUUAGAGCACGAAGUUGAUUUGGGAGAGCACGCCGUAGCUCUUGCCAGCAGUGCGGACCAGAGACCCAAGCCGUUCUUCAAGAGACUGUACUACAAUCCUCGGACUCAAAUCCUCAUUCUUGGUCUGGUACUUUUCCUGUGUCCAGGUGAGCGCGUCGGCACCACGGCGGUGCGUCAAGCAGGCAGCUGAAUAUCGUUAUCUGGGUUUUCGUUGCAGGGCUAUUCAACGCUGCGACGUCGAUUGGUGGGGCUGGACUGGCGAACCCUAGAGUCGCUUCGGAUAGCUUGACGUCGCUAUAUGCGGUCUUUGCUCUCUCUGGCUUGGUGGGCGGAGUAAUCAACAACAAGCUGGGAGUCCGACUGACUCUCUGCUUGGGAGCCACAGGGUACUCGUGAGUAUCAUUGGUGCUGCCCAUCUAUUCGUGCCCUGAUUAAAUUUGAGAUGUCUUGCAGGUUGUACAUGGCCGCUUUGCUUGUCUACGCAGUUCGGGGAGAUGGUACAGCUCCCUUCACGAUCACCGCAGGUGCCAUUCUCGGCGCUUCGGCUGGGCUGCUCUGGACAGCUUAUGGCACCCUUGUUCUCUCUCUUCCAACAGAGUCCGAAAAGGGUCGCUUCUUUGGACUAGCUUGGGCUUGUUUCAAUGCAGGCGAUAUCAUCGGCUCUCUUGUCCUCGUGGUGGAAACGGCAGACUCCAAAGAGACACACCUUUCGGUCGCUGGCUAUGCAGUCUUGCUCGGUCUUACCGUAGCUGGUGUAGCUUUGCCCUGGGCUUUGCUACCACCCGUCAAGGUGACAAGGACAGACGGAACGCGGGUAAUUUCGCCUCGCUUUCCCUCAUUGAGGUCGGAGCUAGUGGGCAUGUACAAGUGCCUGCGCUACGAUCCUCUCAUCCUACUGAUGGUGCCGUGGUGGUUCUUCAGCAAUUCCUUUUACGUCUAUCACUUCAACAGCUUCAAUCUGGGCAACUUCUCGAUACGGUCCAGAGCGCUCAAUAGUCUGCUCUACUGGUUGGCCCAGUCUAUAGCUGCACCGUUAUUCGGCCAGCUUCUGGACCUUCAGCGAGUUUCGAGACCUACGCGCGCGAAGAUCGGCGUCGCAGUUGUUGGAAGUCUGACGAUGCUAGUGUGGGCAGCAAGCUACCAUGUUCAACACAGCUUCUCGAGAGAGUCACCCCGCGCGUUGGACUACAAGGAUACCGACGAUCGCGUGUACUAUCUUGGCCUGCAAGUGCUGUACAUUCUCUUUGGUGUGGCGGACAGCUGCUGGCAAAGCUUUGCCUACUACUCAAUCGGAUCUAUGAGCAACAACAGCAGGAAGGUGAGUUAUUUGUGCUGCAGAUGUCGAGAUUGGGCUCGUGACAGAUCAUAAUCACUCGUUCGCCUGACUCCUGGAACGGUCCAAACCUCUCGACAGCUCUCAUACAUGAGCGGACUCUACAAAGCUUUCCAAUCCUCGGGUAAUGCAGUCUUUUGGCGACUGGACAGUAGAGGCAUCCCGUAUAUGAGGGUUAGUCUCGCAUCAAGGCGCACUCGGCACCGGAUCUUGCUGACCUAUGACCUCCGCGUCUGCCUUUAGCUUCUCGUUAUCACGUGGGCUUCUCUAGCAGGCAGUCUGGUCAUUGCGCUUCCCAUGAUCCUUGUCCGCAUCACUGACUUCACCACGACGAGCGUGAGGAUCGUGGAGACGGAAGCGGAAGUCUUGGAAGCGACGUCGUACAGCAGCCUGGCAGGGGGUCAACACGGCGGCUCUCCUUCCCACAGACAGCGCGUCUCAAGCUACGGCGACGCGGAUCUAAAGACGGAAGAAAGCUUGGGUGUCCCUCUUGCCCUUCGAUCAGCAAAGUUGGACACUAUUGAGGAAGGCAGCGAUGCGCUAGGCGGCUUGAGAGAGAGCUCCGCUCGGGAAAGACCUGUUACUCCGUUGGAUUCACACUACUCCGACGGAGAGACUAAGAGAUCCAGCGACGAGACAGCGGGACUGCAGAGGUGA